AUGGAUAAGCAAGUGUGUAAAAGGUUCAAGAAUGUAAGGGAAUGGAUUUCCGAUGAAUUGAUUAAAGGAAAUGACCAAUUUAACGAUUUUGUGCUUUUAAAUAAUGGUUGUAAUCGUGAUAAUUUUUUAAAUAAUUCUUGUAAUAAUAAUAAUUUCCAAAGUGAAUUGGAUAGAAUAAGUGCUGGAUGUUUAUAUUUGUUGGAUCAAUUCUAUAAGGAUUGUGGUGUGGUUCCCCGUCCUUCAAAAAAUAACCCCAAUAUUGUUGAUUACAUUUUGAUAUGGUUAAGUUAUAUGUUAAACCUGGGCAAAAGUGAAGAUGAAGACAAUAUAACGGGUUUUUAUAGUGAAUACAUAUUUAAUUGUAAUAAGUAUAACACGGAAAUAAAUGAAUUAACUGAUUAUAAGAGUUAUAAGGGUCUUAUAGAUACAAAAAUGGAAGUGUUAAAUAUGGAUAGUAAUAAUGUAUCUAAAUUUUAUAAAGCAUUUAAAUCAUUAUGUGAAAUGUAUAAUGAACUUGAUGAUGACAAAACAAAAUGCAAGAAAUAUUUGGAAGAUGAUAAUGAAUUUGAUCAAAAAUAUAAAGAACUUAAGAAUGAUUCUGAUAUUGCUGAUAAAAGUCCAUAUAAAGAAAUAUUGUCUACUUUAUCAACUGAUUAUGAGAAUUUUAAAAAGGAAUGUAACGAUACUUCAUCCUCUACAUUGGCAGAAACAUUAAAAAAUCCUGAACAAAGUUCUGUAGACAGUUAUAAACAAUUGUUUGGAGGAAAUUUUGAAGGAGAUUUUGGAGGAGAUUUUGGAGGAGAUUUUGCACACGAUUCUGAACCGAGUUCUGAUGUUGCAUCAUCAAGUUCAUCGAUAUUAAGCAAAUUAAUUCCAGUUUUAUUGAUAUUUGGUGCAAUACCAAUUUUUUUUGGAAUUUCUUAUAAGUAUUCGUUAUUUGGAUUUCGGAAACGAACCCCAAAACAACAUUUAAGAGAAAAGUUAAAAAAAUAA